CAUAAAACCUCAUAGGCCUUGACUCUGACGCCAUGCGCCAUGGAAAAGGUCUUGGUGAUUGGCGCCGGCCUAGGCACCAACGCUGGAUUGGGCUUGGAGGUGCCCUUGGCUCAUGGGAAGUUCUUGACCAAUGGCCUCGGCGGCACGGUGCCGGUCUCCAAGGAGGCACGCGCCCAGCGGGCCAAAGCUGCCAACUUCCCGGGCUUCAUGGGAGAGGAGUUUGGGUACUUGUGGGAGCGUGAGGACGGCUAUUUAGGGAACGCUGGCUUCAUCUAUGGGGUGCUCCUCACAGAUCCGGACCUACAGGUGGACAUGCUGCAGCACCCGGUGUCACAGGCAGAUCGCCAGACCGUCCGUGCCAACCACCCAGAGAUGGCCGAUGCACUGGACCUGGAAGCAGCGGCCCUGAAAGCGGGUGUCAGCCAGAGCUAUGCGGCCUCGAUUGCUGGCUUGGUGAAUGGCGGCCAGUACCAGGUGAUCUUGUGUGCCUCCAAAGGCAUUGGCCAGCUGCUGCUGGCCUUGCCGUCCUUCGCCUUCCCGUUGCCCUUGGUGCUCCUCAAUGGUGCAGAGCCACCAGCGCCCAUGGACGUGGGGAAGACUCCGGGCUUCGGCCCCGACUUCGCGGAGCUGGGCCGACAAUGCGUGGGCCAUCCCAAGGUCCCCCGCUUGGUGCUCACCAGCCACGGCUCGGAGGCGUCCGGAGCUGUGCGCCGGGCGGCCAUGAGCUCGGCACAGGAGGCAUCGCAGCAGAGUCUUGUGCUUUGCUCCUCAUUGGAUCACCGCUGCGUACCAAAUCGGGAGAACCACUCGUUGCCCUGGUCUUUGACAUUUCCGGAGUGCUGGCAGACAGGUUUUGGCAAGCCUCCCCGCUUGGUGACACCUGCUGGCGCCACUUGCCUUCCACCAAGCGAGACCCCCACGCCGCUACUGGUGCUGCUGCACUGGGCGGCUGCUGGCUGCGACCAGCUCUUGGAGUCGAUCCCAAGCUUCCCGGGGCCUGUUCGCUUUGCGCAGCUGCUGCUGGAGCAGAUGGAUCUCACUCCAGGCAGCCGCUUCCGUGCUGUAACCCUCAAGAGAUCUCAAUCCUCUCAGCGCGACAUGUGUCCACCAAGAUUGGAUGAGAACGUUUAUGAUAUCCUCUUUGACGCACAGGCUCAUCAGAUGCAAGUGGUUCUGAAACAUGUGAAGACCGGAGAUCAGACGCCAAUCUCUAAGAUCUUGGCUGCCGAAGGCCAGUACGCGACUCGGCGGAUUCGCUUCUUCCGAUACUACCAGGAGAGGUCGUCACAGCUCAACUCUUUGGAGGGAGCUGAGGAAGGGGAUCCGCGUAUCCAGUGGGCACAGCACAUGAUCCACGAGCUAUUAGCGAUGAAUAAAAACUUGGGGAAUUUCCUGUGGACCGGCUUUAUGACACCUGCAACUGCACAACCGCGCUUUGGCAGCGACUUGCUGGAGCUCAUCCUGGAGGUGGAGUUGGCACGUUUGGGUGGCGCAUAUCGGGGCUACAGCCGAGGGCACUUGGACGCUGAGCACCGCCUGCAGGGGCAAUAUUCUUUGCUGGGCAACUCCUUGGAUGCCUUCCUGGCGCGGCGUGCAGAGGAGCUUCGAGAGCAGCGCUUGCUUGAGUUCAAUAUGACCAACAGGGAUGAGAGAGAGCUGCAGCAAUUCCUAGAGGGUGAAGCGGAGUACUUCAAGAGCCACUCAGUCAAGGAGCUGGAUGGGUACGUCAGGAGGGAGCUCACUAUUGAUCACAACAUCCCAUGGGAAGAGGUCCAGCAGAAGAUCCAGGAGUCCUUGCAUGACUUGGGUACAGAAGAUCACUUCCGAAAUGCUGGGAGCUUCGGCCACAGCAGCAAUUUCAGGUUCUUUGUGGAUGGGAAAGUCUGGCUCUCAGCUGGGUGUGAGGAAGCGGACUUUGCUUUUAUCCAAGACUUUGUCACCGAGAAUCUGAGGCAACGGAGCAGAAAGCUGUCCUUUAUCGCCACCCAUGUGGAUCUUGAGAAUGGCAGGUAUCAAGAGCUGCCGAAGGACCUCAUCCCGCCGCAAUUCUUUGAGAGGAAUGGCUACCAGGUGCUGGCAUACCGCAAGCUCGGUGAUGCACAGCGUGCGUUUUUGGGACAGAACCCUUGGGAGCGCUUUCACAACGUGGACGAAAGCGACCAAACCACAGAGAUCUGGGUGCCUGGCUUUGGGCUUGCAGAGCCCAAGUCCAAGAUUUUUGGGCAUUUCAAGGAGCUACCUUUGGGCGAAAUUGGCCGAGGUGGCACCACUGCGCAGCUCUAUCUCUAUGACACAAAACUCCGCGCGCGAUCCACACCUGGAGAAGUGGCCCUGUGGACAGCCGUGCAGGUGAAUCAAGCAUCCUGGUGGGAACCGCAGCUUUACAUGAUCACACCGGAUCUUCAGUCUGGAGAUGAGUCGCUGAUUUUUUCCUCGCAGGAGGAGUUCUUUCAACUUUUGUUACGAACGAUCUUUGAGCAAGAGCUCUUGAGCGCUCGGAACUUGUGGUUGACUGGCAUCAAGAAGGACGGUGUGCGCAAGGCCUCCCGGAGCUUCCCACAGAUGGGCGGGCGAGAGGGGGAGCUGGAAGAACUGAUGGGCGCAUUGGCCAAGGCCAACGUGGUCUUGCAAGAGAAGCAGGCCGGGAAUCGCUUUAGCAUGCGGCCCACCAACGCCAAGCGCGUGUGGAGCACAGGACAUUUCUCCGUUGAGUGCCGUGAGGAUCUUUGUCGGCUCCUGCUCGACCUGGAGCUGCUCCGAAGCACGAGCACGCCAGCCAUCAGCAAGCAGCAAGCGGUGAUGCUCAUGAACCGUACCUUGCGCUACUGCCCCGCCCUGGCUUUGGAGCAGAUUCGCCCCUGGCGGGAGGCCUUCCGGGCCCUACUCGGAGACCUGAUCGAAGAGCUGAGAAGUCUGAGUCCAAAGCUGCGCCAGGAAGAGCUCGGCGACUUAACACCUCUUCUGCAACGCUUCCGCCAACGUUUGGCCUUGGGUGUGGAGAGGCACAACACCUUUACAGAUCUGCAGAAGGAAGUCAAUGCGAUUCUUUCGUUUUUGCCUUCACGGACAUGAUUGGGGCUCACACCUUUGGUCCUACGUUGUGCGCGGAGCCAGCUGCUCGCACGCCACCACUUUGCACAGUCGAAGGAGCCACUUCACGCCUAAGAAGCUCCGUCCGACUGCGGUUUGAGAUAGCUGGGUGCCAGUGGCGACGAGAGCAUGAAGAUGAAGACAGGACGUCCAGCUAGGCCGGCUGGGCUAGCAUCCUGGGAUAAUAGAUGCUGCCCAUGUGGACAGGUGCAAUGCUCUAUUGGAGGGAUCAUGAGGCCUUGCGGCGAUGUGGAGUUGGGGUGACUUGGGCGUCCUGCAGUGCUUGGCUCGAUUGAAAUCAGCAAAUGGUACGAGAAGAGAAAGAUGCACGAUGCUUGCCCUUUGCAACACACUGCCUCUUGAAGUAUGAAGUUCAGUUCCCAAAGGAGAUGUCGAGGUCGCCGGCACUUGGAUCCACACCGCCGGGCGGCAUAGGAGGCGGUGAGGAUCCUGAUGGGGCCGUGGGGUGGAGGGACUCUGUUUGGAGAAGGGUGCGAUUAGCAUUGAACUUCAUAUUGAUAGCUCAAGAGACUCUCGUGUAAGGUCGUUUUCUUUCAGGUUGCAUGCCAAUCUUGGGACUUUGUUAAGCACUGCGAGUUCACCAUGUUGACGCACGAUGCAAUAGCAAGGACUAGUAAGAAGUGAGUUGUUUUAGGUUUCACACCAAGGAAGGCUGACGUGGAUCGUCGAAUUAAUUGGGCCUGGUAAAGUACCUGGCAAUGGUGGGUUCCUAGCAAUGAUGGGCGGAUUUGGAGCCAUGAAAAAGCUUAGCGUGGCACUUGUUACUACUAGUAAGGCACUUGUUCCUAGUAGCUUCUUUGUUAUUACUAGUAAGGCACCUGUUACUACUAG